CUCUCUUCGUUACUCUCCUCUCCCUUUCUCUAUUCACCAUUUCUACAGCCUACAACCACAUAUGUGACCCUACACGUUAUGCCGAACUGGGCCACAACAUGGCCGACUUUUCCUUCUGCGAUAAAUCCCUACCGUACGAUGUUCGUGUCAAGGACUUAGUCGAUAGAAUGACGGUCGCUGAGAAAGUGCAGAAUCUCGGCCACAGAAACAAUGGGGCCCACCGUCUCGGUCUACCAAAAUACAAUUGGUGGUCAGAGGCGUUGCAUGGCGUCUCCAACGUCGGAUCCGGGACCCAUUUCAAUCAGACCGUCCCUGCUGCCACGAGCUUCCCAACCGUCAUUCUCACAACGGCAUCCUUUAAUGAGACGCUGUGGAAAACCAUAGGCCAGGUUGUGUCUACUGAGGCUAGGGCCAUGUACAAUGUAGGGUUGGCUGGUUUGACAUUUUGGAGCCCUAACGUUAAUGUGGUGAGGGACCCACGUUGGGGACGGACGACAGAGACGCCUGGCGAAGAUCCGUUUGUAGUGGGCCGCUAUGCUGCUAACUACGUGAGAGGCCUGCAGGACGUCGAGCGCUGUGAUGAUGUGGAUGACUUGAAUUCUAGACCACUCAAGGUCUCUGCAUGCUGCAAGCACUAUGCUGCCUACGACGUGGAUGCUUGGCUCACCGUCGAUCGCUACCAUUUCGAUGCAAGGGUGACUGAACAAGAUAUGGUGGAGACAUUUCUUCGUCCUUUUGAGAUGUGUAUCAAAGAAGGGGAUGUUAGCAGCGUCAUGUGCUCAUAUAACCGCGUGGAUGGCAUUCCAGCAUGCGCGGAUCCAAAGCUGUUGAAACAGACGAUUAGAGAUGAGUGGGAUCUUCAUGGGUACAUUGUUUCGGACUGUGAUUCGAUUCAGGUCAUGCACGACAAUCAUAGAUGGUUGAACGAAACGCAAGAGGAAGCAGCUGCCCAAGUUCUCCGAGCUGGGUUGGAUUUGGACUGCGGUGAUUACUACCCAAAAUACACUCUACCAGCUAUCAGAGAAGGGAAGGCCAGAGAGGGUGACGUGGACAAGGCGUUGAAGAACCUUUACAUGGUUCUGAUGAGAUUGGGGUAUUUCGAUGGAAAUCCUGCAUACGAGUCGCUUGGGAAAGAUGACGUGUGCACAAAGGAGCAUAUCGAGCUGGCAGCUGACGCAGCUCGGCAAGGUAUCGUUCUCCUCAAGAACGAGAACAACACCUUGCCCUUGGACCCCACCAAGUACAAGAAGAUCCUCGUGACGGGCCCACACGCCAAUGCCACCACUGCCAUGAUCGGCAACUAUGCUGGCAUUCCAUGCCGGUACGUCACACCCGUUGAAGGAUUCUCCUCGUACGGGGAAGUGCAUCUCGCCAGGGGCUGUUAUGACGUUAAGUGCACGAAUUCGUGGCUGAUCCACUUCGCCGUAGAUGCAGUAAAGAAUGAAGAUGCCAGCAUCAUUUUGGUCGGUCUAGAUCUGUCCAUUGAGGCCGAGAGCAGGGAUCGGACGGAUCUCCUCCUUCCAGGUUACCAAACCGAGCUGAUCAACAAAGUUGCCGAUGCCGCUGCUGGUCCAGUCAUUCUCGUGAUCCUCUCUGCAGGAGGUGUGGACAUCUCCUUCGCUAAGAACAAUCCCAAGAUCAAGGCCAUCUUGUGGGCCGGAUAUCCGGGCGCUGAAGGUGGACAGGCGAUCGCAGACGUUGUUUAUGGAAAAUACAAUCCUGGUGGGAAACUACCACUUACAUGGUACAACGCGGACUACGUAGACCAACUACCCAUAACAUCCAUGAGACUCAGGCCAGUCGAUGAACUGGGCUACCCAGGCCGAACCUACAAAUUCUACAAUGGUUCGACGGUCUACCCAUUCGGUUACGGCCUCAGCUACACUCGCUUCAACUACAACCUAAAGUGCGACUCUCAAAAUUCCAUCACCCAGCUACUGGCCCCACACCAACAUUGCCAUGACAUGCUCUACACGCCUAGCACGGACGCACCACCAUGCCCGGCCGUCGUGAUCGACGAUCUAGAUUGCAGCCACAACGUCGAAAUCGUUUUUGAGGUGAACAAUAUCGGUGAUGUGGAUGGGACCCACGUCGUUUUGAUCUACACACAGCCACCCAAGCACUACGUGGGCUUGCCGUUGAAACAGCUGGUCUCAUUCGAGAGAGUGUUCGUAAAUGCCGGCGAGUCUCGGAAGAGGAAGAUUUCUUUGAACGUGUGUAAGAGCUUUGCGGUUGUGUCGCACACGGCCUACACCGUUCUGCCGUAUGGGGAACAUACGGUCGUGAUUGGAGAUGGUGAUGAGGCCCUUUAUGUUCCUGUCCACGUGGAUUUUUCGUAUUAGGAGAUUGGUUUGGAGAGAAUGUAUUUUUAUGGGUUUUUUUUUUUUUUUAAAAAAAAUUAUAUAUAUGCUUUUUGUGGUGUUCAACAAUGGGUUGAACGGUUAGGAUUUGUUUUCACAUUUCUGUUUUUAAGGCAAUAAAAGAGAUGCAUUUAGGCUAACUUACAAAUGCACUUACAUGCACUUAAAUACACGUACAUGCAUUGGAUGCUUUGAACUCAAACACUUACAAAUGCUCUUAUAC